GAGCACUAUGAGAGCAGAGAGGCAGCAAGAGAAUAGAAAGGGAGAGAGAAGGAGAGAAUGUAUGGUGAACAGCAAGCGCUUCCUUGUUCAUGUCCUGGGCCUUUGUGAAUAAACCAUGGGAUGUAUUGGCUCGCGAACACUCACGGCAGAUGGGGUUCCAGUACAGAAGGAUGGGGAACAGUGUUCACUUCAGCUUUCAUGGACUCCAAAGCAUGGCCGAACAGACUUUUCAUGGGAUGGAAUCAAUCUAUCCAUGGAGGACACGACCUCCAUUUUGCCCCGGCUAAAGAAGCGGAAUUCCAACGCCUACAGCAUUGGUGCUCUGGCUAAGUCCUCACUGUCAGGUGUGUCAGGAGUGACUCGGUCUAUGAAGGACAAGGUGACAAAGCCGACAGCCAUGGCACAGGGCCGUGUAGCCCAUAUGAUAGAGUGGCAGAACUGGGGCAUGCAGACAGUGGGAGCAGGAGGCUCCAGCGCUGGCCGAACCUCCACCCGCCAUCUUCAGCAUGAGCGCAAGCUGGAGAAUGACGCCUACAGUGACCUUAGUGAUGGAGAGAAGGAGGCACGCUUUGCAGCAGGGGUUAUGCAGCAAUUUGCAAUAUCUGAGGCCACAUUGCUAGCUUGGAACUCCAUGGACGGAGAAAGUAUGAGUGCAGGCUCCAACCAAGGCAGUGUUGCCCAUUUGAGCGAGGCCAAUCAGGAAAGCAUCACCAGCCGAGACCAGAUAUUACACCACUCCUCUGCAGAGGUGUGGCCUCACACAUAUGUCUCCCAAGGCCUCUACUGCCUCUCCUCUUCAGAUGCUUGGGAGCCAAUCAGCAAUGAGCAGUCAGGAGUGGCCUCUCCAGCCACAGGCUCCUAUGUCAUGGCUGGCGGAGCUUCCUGUGAUAGUGGUUAUGAUGGAAAUGCUGCGGCUCACUUCCUGUCACAACAGCAACAGCAGCAAUUUAUCCAUCACCAGACCCAGUUCCAACAAAUACAGCAACUACAACAGAUACAGCAAUACCAGCAACAACAGAUACUGCAGUAUCAACAACAGCAACAGAUAUUGGAACAAAGACUACAUAGUGCCACUCAGUCUUUACAGGCGACGCCCAACAGCACUAUCCACAGUCUACCGCCACUCACUCACCCACCCCUGGUGGAUCUGUGGGGGGCAGGGCUUACAGAGAGCUACCAGGCAGAAGCAGGUGGGUAUAUAGGUGUAGCUGCAGCCAUGGAGGGAAAUCUAACAGCCCCCUCAGAAGACAUGGGAACAGAACACUCACCUUUACUGGAAGCUCAAGAAGAGGAAGAGCUCAAGGAGGAAGAGAUAACAUUAUGCAUGGAACCAGAACCAGUGACUUUAAUUCCUUCUCCUGCUGCACAGAGAGAGGAAGUGACCUCAGCAGGAGGAAGCAGUCCAGGACAGGUCCCUGGAGAAUCAGUCACAGAGUGGAAACCUUCUGAUGUCACGUCGUCUGUUAAUGAAAUGCUGGAGGAAAAAGAGGAGGAGUCAGAAUCCUCAUCGGCCAGUGGCACAGCAACCAAAUGAGUGUCAGGAGCAGGAACAAAACUGAUUUUGAUCGACAUUUAACGCUACAUUAUCAACUAUUUGAAUGGCUCCAUCACUUUUCAGGAAUCCCUCCUUAGUGUUGGAUCUUGUGUGAUUUCAAAUACAAUAAGGAGCAAAUGACAGAAUUUUCUAAGACACUUGACACUUCUGAAGAAGAGCACAGGAGGGAGAGAGAGACUGAGGGAGGAUAAAGAUAUACACAAAGGGAUUCGGAGAGAUGAGUGCAGACAAAGGUUAAACAAAGGUUAAACAUGCAUGCUAUUUACAUGGAUGCUACUCAUUGCUAUGAACAUACAAUAAACCAUACUAACAAAACACCCAGUACAUACAGCACAGACAGGAUCAUUUCUAAUAAUGCAAAGCGCAUGAUUGUGAGAUAUAGUGUAAAGUCAGCUGUGUUUCAAUCAACACCUUCAUCCAUUAUAGAUAUCAUGUAUCAUUACAGACGCAAAACAGAUCUCACAGAAAACUAAUUAUGAAAUGGAUUCGAACACCUAUGGAGCAGAAACGUUCUUUUAAUUAUUGGCUGUUUAUCACAAAUAAAUAGAUAAAUAUAAAUAAAUCUAUUAAAAUUACAGACAUCUGCACACACACAAACACACACACACAUCUAAACCUGCUUUUAAACUAUCAAGAUAUAAAGUAUCAACAUGCAAUCUACUUACCCAUUCACAGACUCAUGUGAAUCAGCUCAUAUGCUCUUCUAUUGGACUAGUUGCUGAGAUAUGAAAAACAUUGAGCUGUUCGAGAAACCCCCCAUGUUCUUAAAACAAUCCUAAAGGUUUGCUCCAUGUGGUUCAUUUUAUUUUAUAGUAUGGCACAUCGGUUUGAGAUGGACCUGUACCUUCUGAAAGACACAUCCAUGUGAUGCUGUUUGAAAAUGUCUAUAGGCUAUUGUUGAGUAAUAACAAAAUAAUCUGUUAAUCAGUUCUGUUAAUACUCUAU